GGGAUCCUCCAUGCAUUUGCUUGCCAUUAUUUAAGGAGCCUUUACUGAAAGCUUCUGGAUUGUGUUUCUGAGCGGACAAAGGAUUUUUAUAUUCAAAAUGCUCAUAAAGGAAUAUCGUAUUUUUUUUUUUCCGAUGAGCGUGGAAGAAUAUCGAAUUGCGCAGCUGUACAUGAUACAGAAAAAGAGCAGAGAGGAGACAUGUGGGGAAGGCAGUGGAGUAGAGAUCCUGGAGAACAGGCCAUACAUGGAUGGACCGGGAGGCAACGGGCAGUAUACUCACAAAGUGUACCACAUUGGUAUGCACAUACCCAGCUGGUUUCGGUCCAUCUUGCCCAAGGCGGCUCUGCGAGUUGAAGAGGAAUCGUGGAACGCGUAUCCUUAUACAAGGACAAGGUAUACGUGUCCUUUUGUGGAGAAGUUCUCUAUUGAUAUUGAGACGUACUACAAAACUGAUCCAGGAGAACAUGUCAACGUGUUCAACCUUUCUCCUGCAGAGAAAAGACAAACCAUUCUAGAUCCUAUUGAUAUUGUGAAAGAUCCUAUCCCCCCUCAUGAAUACAAAGCUGAGGAGGAUCCAAAGCUGUAUAAAUCAGUGAAGACUAAAAGAGGUCCCCUCUCAGAAGACUGGAUUCAAGAGUACAAGAACAACCCUGGGAAAUACCCCAUUAUGUGUGCAUAUAAACUUUGUAAAGUCGAGUUCAGAUGCUUGCGGAAGGUCAUGGUCCGUGCUCAUCGGCAAGCUUGGUGCUGGCAGGACGAAUGGUACGGGCUCACCAUUGAGGAUAUUCGGCAGCUGGAGAAGGAGGCACAGCUGAUGCUGGCUCAGAAGAUGGCCCAGUUCUGCAGUGAAAAUGAUACUGAGCAGCAUGGUGUUAAAGACACUCCUAGUGAGAAGGAUGUUGAAGCCAACACAAUAUCACCUGUUGACACAGAGGAUGCUGUUGGUAACAGUGAAACAGCCUCUGGGAGAUCGCUCACCAAGCAGUGGUCUACCUCUUCCAAGUCCUCACGAUCUUCAAAGAGAGGAGCAAGUCCCUCACGCCAUAGUAUCUCCGAGUGGAGGAUGCAGAGCAUUGCCAGGGAUUCAGAUGACAGCUCAGAUGAUGAAUUCUUUGAUGCACAUGAGGACUUGUCUGACAAUGAGGAAAUGUUCCCGAAAGAAAUAACCAAAUGGAGUUCCAAUGAUCUGAUGGAUAAAAUUGAAACUCCCGAAUGCGACGAUGUCCAGGGUGACUUGUAUCACGAGCCAUCAGCAGAAUAUCACGUCGGCUCCAGCGUGGAGAGGCUCAGCAUCAUUGAGGAUGAAUCCGUGCAGCCAUUAAUGCAGCCAAGUAAAAUCCAUGUCCUCCUCUUGGUACUCCAUGGAGGGAACAUCCUGGACUCGGGAAGUGGUGACCAGAGCUCUAAGCAAGGGGAUGUCAACACCAUCACGACAGUGUUUGACACAGUGAUGAGGGUACAUUACCCAGCUGCUCUUGGACACAUUGCCAUCAGGCUAGUCCCUUGCCCAGCCAUCUGCUCCGAAGCGUUUUCACUGGUGUCCAGCCUGAGCCCAUAUAGUUAUGACGAAGGCUGCCUGUCCAACAGCCAGGAUCACAUUCCUCUUGCUGCACUCCCUCUGCUAGCAACAUCCUCCCCGCAAUACCAAGAAGCGGUGGCCACAGUCAUUGUCAGAGCUAACCAGGCCUACAGCGAGUUCAUCAGAUCCCAGGAGGGCAUGUCAUUCAACGGCCAGGUCUGCUUGGUAGGGGACUGCGUUGGAGGAAUCCUGGGAUUUGAUGCCUUAUGCUACAGCAAUCAGACUGUUUCCGAAAGCCAGAACAGCAGUCGACGAGGAAGCGUUGUGAGUGUCCAGGAUACCGACCUCCUGUCUCCUGGAAUAACAGUGAACAACAGCUAUUGUUCCAGUGGCUCUAAUCUGGAAGCCAGCAGGCACCUCAGCAGGAGCAACAUUGAUAUUCCUCGUAGCAACGGAGAAGACCCAAAGAAGCAGCUGCCACGAAAAAGGAGCGAUUCAUCAACCUAUGAACUGGACACGAUAAAGCAGCAUCAAGCCUUUCUUUCAAGUUUACAUUCUAGUGUGCUGAGAAAUGACCCGGGAUCCAGGCGAUCUAGUAGCUCUACAAUGUUGGAUGGAGGAAACAUCGGAAAGUUUGAAUUUGAGAUCACAGACUUCUUCCUCUUUGGUUCUCCCUUGGGUCUGGUUCUCGCUCUGCGAAAAACUGUCAUUCCAGCUCUUGACAUCUUUCAGCUCAGACCAGCUUGUCAGCAGGUCUAUAACCUGUUCCACCCUGCAGACCCAUCUGCUUCACGCCUCGAGCCUCUUCUGGAGAGGAAGUUCUACCUUUUGCCUCCCUUUAAUAUCCCCCGUUACCAGAGGUUCCCACUGGGUGAUGGCAAUUCUGCUGUUCUGGUUGAGACAAUCCAGAACAAUCCCAUCCUCCUCAUGGAAAGCAGCCCUCUGGGUGCUCUCCAGCACCAGGACAGCUUCAUGGAAACAAGUAUCCCUGUUCCCGUACUGAAUUGGCAAGAUGUUUCCAAUAAAAGUGCUGGUUUUGCUGAGUCAGAUGUUGUUCAGUCUCAUGGUGCCGUCUUCAUGGAAAGCGCGUCCCUGUCCACCCCCAUUUCAGCCCCUCAAUUCAGGGGCUUCCGGAGAGCCAGUGAGAUCAGCAUUGCCAGCCAGGUCUCAGGAAUGGCAGACAGUUACACUGCUUCCAACAUAGCCAACAUUGCUGCCAAGUGGUGGGGAACCAAAAGGAUCGACUACGCUCUCUACUGUCCUGACGCCCUGACAGCUUUCCCAACGGUUGCUUUGCCACACCUCUUCCAUGCAAGCUACUGGGAGUCCACAGACGUUGUCUCUUUCCUGCUGAGACAGGUGAUGAGGCACGAGAACUCGAGCGUUUUGGAGCUGGAUGGGAAGGAGGUGUCUGUCUUCACCCCCUCCAAGCCCCGCGAGAAGUGGCUCCGCAAGAGGACGCACGUGAAGCUCCGGAACGUCACAGCCAACCACAGGAUAAAUGACACCAUCGCUAACGAAGAUGGGCCCCAGACCUUAACUGGAAGGUUUAUGUACGGUCCGUUAGAUAUGGUCACACUCACAGGAGAAAAGGUGGACAUUCACAUCAUGACUCAGCCACCGUCAGGAGAGUGGGUUUACUUUGACACAGAGAUCAGCAACAGCAGUGGCAGGAUUUCUUACGUCAUCCCUGAGAACCGGCGCCUGGGCAUUGGCGUGUACCCUGUCAAGAUGGUGGUCAGAGGUGACCACACGUAUGCAGACAGCUACAUAACGGUCCUGCCGAAGGGGACGGAGUUUGUGGUGUUCAGCAUCGAUGGCUCCUUCGCAGCCAGCGUAUCCAUCAUGGGCAGCGACCCCAAAGUCCGCGCUGGAGCGGUCGACGUCGUCAGGCACUGGCAAGACCUCGGCUACCUCAUUAUCUAUGUCACGGGCCGCCCUGACAUGCAGAAGCAGAGGGUGGUAGCGUGGUUAGCACAGCACAACUUCCCCCAUGGGAUCGUCUCCUUCUGCGAUGGGCUCGUUCAUGACCCGCUGCGGCACAAGGCCAACUUCCUGAAAUCCCUCAUCACAGAUCUCCACAUGAGGAUCCAUGCGGCGUAUGGAUCUACUAAGGACAUCUCCGUGUACAGCUCCAUCAGCCUCCCGCCCACGCACAUCUACAUCGUUGGCCGACCCACCAAGAAGCUGCAGAACCAGUGUCAGUUCAUCACGGAGGGGUACGCAGCCCACCUGGCCCAGCUGGAGUACAACCACCGCGCGCGCCCCGCCAAGAACACCACGCGCAUGGCGCUGCGGAAAGGCAGCUUCGGGCUGCCCAGCCAGACCGAGUUCCUGCGCAAGAGGAACCACCUGCUGCGGACCAUCUCCUCCCAGCCUUCGGCCAGCGGCAGGAUGCCCCGCCCCGAGCGCACCCAGAGCCAGUCCGACAGCGACAAGGAGAGGGACAGGGAACGCAGCCAAAGAAGCAUGAGCAUUGCCACGGGGUGCUGGGGUCGGAGCACAGUGUCCCGGCUGGAGUCUGGCCUUUUGGGGCAGAAGUAG